AUAAUAAAAUUAUAUUUACAUUAUAAACAAUAUUUACAGAAAUAUUUUAAAUUAGUAAAAUAUAUAUCAAAACAAUAAAAAAAUUAAAAAGAAAAAGACAGCUAUUAUCGAGGUGAAAAUGGAAGCGGGCCUUUUCCCCCCAAAUGUGAAACACUCCCAUUUUCAUUUCCCCCUUCACUAACAGUACUCUCACUCACCUCUCCACUCUCACCAGCUCUCAACUCUCCGUCUCUCACCGCUCUCACCCACAUCUCUCACCACAUCUCAGCUUGACACUCAUCUCAUUAUCGAGGUAAAUCGAAGGUUAACACUCAGCUCUCGCUAUCGAGGCUCUGUCUAAGUCGAGGCUUCACAUUCAGCUCUCGCUAUCGAGGCUUCACUAAAUCGACCUCAGGGUAAUUAGGGUUUUCACUAUGGCUUGAAAUUAGGGCUUUUAGUUGGAUUUGAAUUGGUGCUUCAAUAUUCAGGUGAUUAGGGCUUUUCAUCGAGGCUGAAAAUUAGGGCUUUUCAUAAAGGCUGAAAAUUAGGGCUCAUCGAGGCUUGAAUUCGGGGCUUCAAUAGUUGAGGAUGUCUACUAUGAAUAUUAGAUUGUUCUUCAGUGGAAAUUUUCACCGAUCAACUUAUUCUGGUGGGGAUUCGAUGCUUGUACCUGGUGUAGAAUUAGAUGAAUUCUCAUAUACAGUACUCAUGGAAUAUGUAAAGGAUUACCUCCACUUUUCCGAAAUUGGAGGAGUCUAUGUGAGUAAAGGGAAAAAAGGUGGCUGGAAGCUGAUAACAGCAGAUCGGGACGUGUUGGGGCAUCUAGCGGAUUGCCUUGCUGAUGAUGAAGUCAAUUUUUACAUUGAUAACCACAUUGAUACUGGGAUUGAACCGCUGCCACAAAUGCAACCCCACGUCAUCGUAAGGCCAAGGAAAAACAUUGUACAAGAUUCUGUAAACAAACAUGUGGAUCGUCAAUAUGUGACGACACAUCAACUCCAAUGGAAGCAGAAACAACAAAAAUUGAUGAAGGGGAAGUCUCCUGAGAUCGUAGGAAGAAGGAUUACUCGAUCCAAAGAUGCUGAGCAGGAGAGAGGAAGUGUUAAAAGGAAAUUACAAUUGGAAGGCAAUACAAGUGACGACCAAGAAAGUGGAGCGGAUGAGAUGAUUGCUGAGCAGUUGCCUCCACCACCGCCACUUCCCAUGUCUGAAUAUGAAAGACAACGACUCUUGCGUGUGGAACAAAACAAGAAAGUUAUAAAAGAAUUAGGGCUCAAAGAGGUUGCUGAUGGUUUGAUAAGUGUUGGAGUAAAAAAGGUGAAAGGAAAGAAAGCAACUACUGAAGAUGACUAUAAUCUGGAGUUUGACAGCGAAAGUGCAAGUGAUGACACAUCUCCGAAAGCGAAAAAAGUCCAGGAGAAGAAGAAGAUUGCACCUGGACCGAGAACCCGUUCGCGAGCCAAUGCUGCCACUAUAAUAGAGAUGGAAACAACUCAUACUGCCACCGAAACAGCAGAGCCGGAAGAAACGCAAAUUGGCACUGCAACUCAGAAGGCUGUACCAAGUAAAGUUCGAAGCAAAGUCUUAAAGCCAAGUUGCAGUAAGCUAUUAAAACAGCCGGUCGAUAAUGUAGCAGCUGGUUCUAUCUCGGCUUAUUUGGCCUUGCGGGAGAAACAAAAGCAGGGACUUGAAGGUCCAGAACCACAUGAGGUUCCUGAAGCAAACAUGGAAGACGCUGCAGAUGAAGAAAUCGAAAAAGCUCCUAGAAAGCCAAGAGGUCGGUCAAAAAUGACCAAGGUUCAUGCAAGGGCAGCUGCCGAAAGACCUAUAAUUAUGUUGAAUAAGCACUCCCAGCCAAUUUCAGAAGAUGGAAGAGUAGAUUCUGAGUUGAGUAGGUUUCUUGGGACAGUAGUCAAAGAUAAUGUGCCUCUUACUUAUGUCAACUGGCAUGUUGUACCCGCUGAACUGAAGAAGUUUAUGUGGGAAUAUACUAGGCAAAGGUAUAUUAUUCCCGAUGAAGCCCAAUGGUGGGUGAACAGGACUCUUGCUGAUUUGUGGAGGGUGCACAAAUCUCGUAUAAAGAAGAAGUACUAUACAAAGUAUAAUUCGGAUGAGGAAAGGCUCCAAAACAGGCCAGAGGACAUUCCGUUGGAGGAUUUUAAACAGCUCUUAAUAUACUGGGGUGAUGACGAGAUUAAGUCAAUAGCUGAGGAUAAUGCAGAGCGCCGUAAUUCAUAUACGGAUACACAUACUAUAGGUCCAAAGUCUCUUGCACAAGUCAGGGCAGACUUGAAAAAAAAAGAUCCAAACCAAGCCUCACCAUCAAACGCCAAAGUCUACUUUGAAACUCGUGAGCGAAAGAAAGACAGGGAGUACAUGCCAACUGCAAAAGCAGUUAAGAAAAGAAUUAAGCGGAUGAAAAAAUUGAUCAGUUCUGGAAAAGAUCCAGAAAUAUUGGUUGCAGGUGGAAAGGAUCAUGGGCGAGAAUGGUUGGUGGGGAGGAGUUGUAAAAAUGCCGGUGGAACAUCUGCACCUUCUUCUACAGACCCUUAUGUAGAACAGCUGACGAGGACAAUAAAGGAAAGCAUUGAAAGUGAACUGGAAGCCAAGGUCAACAGAAAAGUUCAGGAGAACAUGACAAUGUUGCUCAAAAAGCUCGAGGAAGCAAAUCCUGGUAUGAAGUUGGAUGUUGACAUUCGAGCUACUGUAUCCAGUGAUGGUGAUGAUAAUGGAACUCCAGUGACAGCCGGCGAAACUUCUUAGCUGCCUUUGAUUAUCAUCUCAUUAUCAUCAGUACAUUUAAGACUAGACUUUGGUAUCUUUAACAUUCUGGUAUUCGUAGUUAUUAAUGUGGUUUACUUUGUUUUGGUAUUAUUAGUAGUUUGGAAGGUGUUAUUUUGUAAUGGCUGGUGGAAGGAUUUGGAUUGCUUGUGGUUGUUUGGUGGAAGGAUUUGGAUUGCUUGUGGUUGGUUUGGUUGGCUAUUAUUUUGUGGUUGAAAUAUUAUGGAAAUGAUGUAUGAACAAACAGUAUAUUUCAGUUUUUUUUUUA